UAGUGAAUAUCAGUCCGCAAGACGACGAAUUCUCAACACGCCUAAAGUAUGAGCCAUUGCCUGCUACAAUCUAGAAGCACAAUCCCGCCCAGACCUCGGCCCUCCCCUAUACUUAUCCACACGCCUGCUUCCUGCUGUGCUCGCCAACAUGAAGCUCCAUCUCCUCUCACUGGCCGCAAUCGCUGGUCUCCUCCCGACAUUUGUCAAUGCAAACACGGAGAAGACAAUCUUCCUCGGCCCGCCAACAGUCAACGUCCCGUCCACCAGCCCCACACUAGGGACCCUUGGGCUCGACGUCCUGACGCCAGAGUCCUCCGCCUCGUCCAUCAUCAGGACUCAGCUUAAUGCCUCUUUCCCCCGGAACUCGCCCUACCUAGCAUCAUUUCCCUCGUCGAGUACAGGCACCAAUGCAGACGGCACGGACAACGAGCGUGGCACGACGUCGUGGUUCAUAUUGGACAACCUGGUCCCGGGCCAGCGGUAUGAAGUGAGGGUAUGUUGGGCAGCCACUCAACCAACCGCCUUCAAGCUGGAAACGUUUCCCAUCGACACAGUAUUUGACACCCCAGACCUCAUCUCGUCACUUUCAACAUACUCGUACGCCCGCCACGCCAGCGGCGGCGGCGGCAGCGACAGCGGCAACACGGCAGCAGCUGCUGCUGUAGUCGGCACAGAGACACAGCGCUCCGUUCUGUUCCUCCGCAUAGUUGCUGCUGCAGACUACUUCACGCUCGAUAAGGCUCUCAUGACGCACGUCCCGCCUGUGCGCGUGGACGUCAUCCUCGACCCGUUCCUGCUCAACGUUCUCCCGAGGUCCUUGCUGCCCAUCGUCGGGUAUAUCGUUGUUGUGGCGAUUAGUUCCUGGUUCCUGGCCAAGUAUAUCGCCACGACCAUUCGUUUCGUGGCUCUGCAACCGGAGCAAGAAAAGAAGACACUAUGAUAAAAGCAGGCGGAAGGUUCAAAUCACGUAUAUAUAUUCACCUCGUCAUUUACGUCUGCUUCACGUCUAGAAAGCAGGGGAUCGUAAUCCAAAGCUGC